CGGAGAGAGAGAGAGACGGCUGUUGUUUGAGCUCAGAUCCCCCCGCCGCUCUCUCUCAGUGGUGUCGCCCGCUGCGCGCACAGAUCUGUUAUUGUGCAGCGCUGCAGAAGACCGAGAGACAGACAGUGUGUGGGAGCUGCGCUUUCUCAUCGUCAUUCAGGAAACGACGGCGGUGGGGGACGAGCGCGAGCCACCGCAGGAACAACAACAGACAGGGCGGGCGGCAGCGGUGCUGAGACGUUCCUCACGUCCGCCGCUCUCCGCAUCCCCCGUCUCAGAGCCUGUGUCCUCCAUCCUUUAUUUUCCUCCAAGGAAGAGGAGAAGAGAGGAGGAGGAGGAAGAGCGCCCCCUCCCCUCGCGGCCAGCAGAACGCUCCGGAAAGACAGAGAGAGAGAGAAAGAGAGAGAGAGAGAGAGAGUGUUUUAUUCGUCCCUGGUCCUGCUCCGUUCUUCUCUCGGGAGCGAGCGGCUUGCCCAUGUCCGUCAACUCAGAAAAAUCCUCUUCCCCAGAAAGGCCCGACACACAGAAGGUUCCAUCCACUCCUCCUCCUCCUCCUCCUCCUCCUCCUCCUCCUCCACCACCCCCCCCACCCGAGCCCGUGGCCCCGCCGGAGCCGGAGGAGGAGAUUCUGGGCUCUGAUGAUGAAGAGCAGGAGGAUCCGGCCGACUACUGCAAAGGAGGAUACCAUCCCGUCAAGAUAGGGGACCUUUUCAACGGCAGAUACCAUGUGAUCCGGAAGCUGGGCUGGGGUCACUUCUCCACCGUCUGGCUGUGCUGGGAUAUUCAAGCAAAGCGUUUUGUUGCAAUGAAGGUCGUGAAGAGCGCACAGCACUACACAGAGACGGCACUGGAUGAAAUUAAAUUACUCCGAUGUGUGCGUGAGACGGAUCCUGAUGAUCCUAAUAAGGACAUGGUUGUUCAACUCAUAGACGACUUCAAGAUCUCAGGGGUGAACGGGAUUCAUGUGUGUAUGGUGUUUGAAGUUCUCGGUCAUCAUUUGCUCAAGUGGAUCAUCAAGUCUAAUUAUCAGGGUUUGCCGUUACCCUGCGUCAAGAGCAUCAUUAGACAGGUUCUGCAGGGGCUGGAUUACCUUCACAGCAAGUGUAAGAUCAUCCACACAGACAUCAAGCCGGAGAACAUCCUCAUGUGUGUGGAUGACGCCUUCGUGCGCAGGAUGGCGGUCGAGGCCACAGAGUGGCAGAAAGCAGGAGCGCCGCCGCCGUCAGGAUCCGCUGUCAGCACGGCUCCUCAACUCAAACAGGUGGGGAAGAUCUCCAAAAACAAAAAGAAGAAGCUGAAGAAGAAGCAGAAGCGGCAGGCGGAGCUUCUGGAGAGACGUAUGCUGGAGAUCGAAGCUCUGGAGCGAGAGGCGGAGAAACAGAGAGCGGGCGGAGCCUCAAACUCCGCCCACAGCCCCACCCUGGUGCUGGUGGACAGUGAGGAAGACGAAGAGGAUGAUGAUGCUGAUGAGGACGAGGAGGCAGAGGGAGAGAAGGAGCGGCCCGUCAGACUCACCAACCACACAUGUGCAGAACCGGAUCAGGAUCAGCAGGACAUUGAGGAGAAUGAGGAAGAUGGUGACGUCCUGUCCGCUCCCGACUGUCCCACUGAAGAAGAGUCACACACACGCACACACACUCCACCCGGACAGCAGGAGGAGCAGGAAAACUCAGGAGACCAUGAAGAGCAGGAUGGAAAUGAAGAUGUGAGAGAGGAAGGGGAGGAUAAAGCAGAGGAAGAGGAAACGGAAGCCACGGCCUCACAGAGCGCCAGGGACGAGCCGGAGACACACGAGUGUCCGAACGAGGAAGAAACAGAUGCACCGAAAGAGACAGCAGAGAGACAAGAGGAUGACGAAGAGGAGGAGGAUGAGGAUGAAGAUGAAGAUUAUGACGAUGAUGAUGAUGAUGAGGAGGAGGAGGAGGAGGAGGAGGCAGACGAUGAAGGCCAAGAGCACAAUGACACCUCUAAAACCAACGGUCACGUGAUCAUGGGUACGCAGGAGCAUCUGUCGCCGCCAGAUCCCAGCGUGCCGCAGUCCUCACCGCUCCUCUGCCCUCUGGUGGAAUCGGAGAUCAGCACGACCGACCGCGACGCUUCCGACGCCUCCUACGAACUUUACAAUGGAGAAAUGGCCGGACUCACCAACGGAGCGCGGCACCGCGGCACCACACCGCGCUUCCCCGAGCUGCCGCUGGAUCCCGCCCCGCCCGACGGCGUGCCAGACGAGGCCCAGGCUCUCAGCACAAACAGCGACCGCAGCCGAACGGUGUCGUCGUCCAGCACCGGAGACACGCCCAAAGCGACGAGGCUCCGAGCGGCUGAUCUACUGGUGAAUCCUCUGGAUCCGCGGAACGCAGAAGUUCUGAGAGUCAAAAUCGCUGAUCUGGGAAAUGCAUGCUGGGUGCACAAACACUUCACUGAGGACAUCCAGACGCGGCAGUACCGCUCUAUCGAGGUUCUGAUCGGCGCGGGAUACAGCACUCCGGCCGACAUAUGGAGCACAGCCUGCAUGGCGUUCGAGUUGGCCACCGGCGACUAUCUGUUUGAGCCGCACUCGGGGGAAGACUACUCUCGUGAUGAAGAUCAUAUAGCUCACAUCAUAGAGCUUCUUGGCUGCAUUCCUCGACACUUUGCUCUUUCUGGAAAAUAUUCCCGGGAGUUCUUCAAUCGGAGAGGUGAGCUGCGGCACAUCACGAAGCUCAAGCCCUGGUCUCUGUUCGACGUGCUGGUGGAAAAAUACGGCUGGUCGGCCGAGGAUGCUGGUCACUUCACACACUUCCUGUUGCCCAUGCUGGAGAUGGUGCCAGAGAAACGAGCCUCCGCUUCAGAAUGCCUCAACCACCCCUGGCUGAACUCGUAGCACUUUUGUCCUUCAGACUCAUUGACGCCCCCCUGCGGCCCUGUCCUGAACUGCAGCCCACCGUCAUUAGAGAGGAAGAACCAGAGACGAGGGGCUUCAGAGAGACGAGGGUGGGCUUCAACACACACACACACACACACACACGCGCGCGGGAGAAACAAGCCUGUCUUUACCUGGAGCUUCAUUCACCGUCUUCCUCGACCUCAUUCAACAGAAUUUUACAGACUGAACACAGAAAGUGAGAUCAUUUCACAUUAUCUGACAGAUAAAAAAAACUUUUAUGUGAUUCAUUCUCAUGACAUUUUAAGGUGUUUAAUUUUAAGAAACGGGACAGGGUUUUGGUAAGGUUUAAAACUUGUAGAACUCAGUUUCUUCUCGAGGCCUUCAGUUAAACUCUUGUGAAUGUCCUAGAAAAGCAAACAUUCAUACAGAUGAAUUAAUUGACAGAUUAAUAUAUGUGAGCAGUCAGUAACGGUUCGUCUCAGUGACUGAAUUUGAGAGUUACUGUCACAGCAGUGAAUGUGUGUGUGUGUGAGUAACACAGACUGCUAGUUGAUGUUUCUGACAUUCAGGAAGCCCACCUGAGAUGCUCUGCAUGAAGCCCCGCCUCCUUUCGCCCCACUGUCCAAUCAGGUUCUGCAACGGAGCUGUUUACAAACCUCACAGACACACACACACACACACAGACACACACACUGCCUCUGGAAAACAUGAAUCCAGAAAGAGAUGCUUUGGUUUGCGGAGAGACGGAUGGAUGGACAUUUCUGCGUUGAGUUCCUCGACUGGUUUUAUGUUUUUAUUCAGAGUUUUAAAUCUCCCAGUUCCAACGACAACAUUCCUGAUUCUACAGCGGUGCAUCUGCCGCACUUAUGACUUUCUGCACUUUCUCUGGCAGGACGGGCGUCCCGUUUUAAUGAGGCCGCACUUGUGUUUGUACGUUUUGUUCAGGGAAUCUUACUGAUGUACAGAGAUCCAGCAAACUGUCCAAAAACUCGCAACUGCUUGAGCGCAAGAUAAACACACAACGCUGUUAGGAGACACGCAUCACGGUGGCGGUCGUCAUGGAGACGAGCAUUAUGGUGGCGGUCGUCAUGGAGACGAGCAUCAUGGCGGCUGUUGUCAUGGAGACGAGCAUCAUGGCGGCUGUUGUCAUGGAGACAAGCAUCAUGGCUUCGGCCGUCAUGGAGACGAGCCUGACGCUGCUCUAAAUACAUCAUCAUCAUCAUCACCACAGUUAGUCCAGUUGCCUAUUUUCGCAAUAAAAGUAGAUGGUGAAAUAUUUUUAAAAAUAUUUAAAUUCAUUUAAAAAGAAAAGAAGUUCUCUGAUGUUGUGACAGUGACAGAGUUUAGUCGUAAUAAGGUGAUUGUGUUUUGUCUUUGUUUUUUAUUGGUUGUCACUUCCUUCAUGACAUUGACUCGUGCUGCUCUGUGAGGAUCAUGUGACAGUCAUGAACUUUCUUGGACGUUUUUGCAAUAAUAGUGAUUAUGAUGAUGAAUUUUUGCACCGAAAGCCCCUGAUGUGUCUCACGCAGCCACGCUGACUGUUCUUCCCAACGUCGACUACUGCGUCCCUUGUUUUUCAUCGACAGAUUUAAUAAAAUUGUAAAUUAUUGGA